AUGCUAGUGCAAACACUCUUUUACUUUUUCGUCGUAACACUAUUCACCUUGGUGCAAAGUGGCCCCGUCCUCUUCGACAGAGCUUUCAUCAAGUACGGAAGACAUGGCAAACGACAAAUGGUCUACGAUUUUCACCACAUCGACAACAAAACAGUACCCACCGACAAGCACUUGAUCAUCGUGAAGACAAAGACCAUGGAAAUCAUCUACACCGAAGCUGUACGAAACUUGAAGAACCUCCAGGAUUUGUAUUUGUCGAACUGCGGCGUCCAGAAAAUCGAAACAAAGGCUUUUUUUAAUUUACCGAAUUUGACUGUGCUGCAUCUUGAAGAUAACCAUAUCGAGGAGUUGAAGAAAGGGGUUUUUAAUGGGUUGACAGUGAAAAUUUUGUCGCUGCAGAGGAACGAGAUUAAGCAGAUUGACGGUGAGGCGUUCGACGAUAUGCCACUUUUGUUUAAGAUUAAGCUCAACAGCAACAGGUUAAAAUCGUGGGACUCUGGGUGGUUUAAAAACACCCCGAGAUUGACGGAGUUGUAUUUCAGAAGGAAUAAAUUGAGUUAUUUGCCACGGAGUGCUUUUGUGAAUGUAAAAGGUAGCCAUCUGGUAGACGGGAUAAGUGUGGUCGAUACGAAGAUAUUUUUGAGUAAAAAUAAAUUAGGGGAACUUGUUCCUGAGAGUUUUUAUGAUUUGGAGAGAAUCAGUCAGUUGUAUCUGGACAGGAAUAAUAUUCAGGUGGUUCCGGAUGGGGCUUUUCGGGAUCUGACGGAUGUUGAUGUAAUUUAUUUAGCGAGGAACAAAAUUAGUGAAAUAAAUGGUAACGCGUUUCCCAAAGUGCGGAAUAUUGGAAUUUUGGACCUGUCGAGUAAUUUGUUAGAGUGUUUACCUUAUGGAUUAGUGACAGUUGCUAAUGUGACUAAUUUGGAGAAAAAUAAUGGCACCUGUGAUUGUAUCAAGGAGUUUAGGGCGAAGUUGCAAGAGGAGAAGCGAAGUUGUGAGAUAUCGUACAGCGAAGACCUCUGCACGAUUACGUAA